AAACCGAUUCUCAUUUCUCUUCUUCGCCGCUCUCUCCCUCUCUCUCUCUCUCUCGUUUCUCGGAUCUUUAUCUUUCUAUCCGAUCGACUAUGGCCAAGGGACCUGGACUCUUCGCCGAUAUCGGCAAAAAAGCCAGAGAUCUGCUGACGAAGGACUAUAAUUCUGAUCAGAAAUUCAGCGUUUCCACUUACAGUGCCUCGGGAGUGGCCCUUACAUCAACUGCACUCAAGAAAGGAGGACUCCACGCUGCUGAUGUUGCUACUCAGUACAAGUACAAGAACACCUUGUUCGAUGUCAAAAUCGAUACUGAAUCAAAUAUCUCCACAACCAUCACAUUCACUGAGGUCCUUCCAUCCACGAAAGCCAUCGCCUCCUUCAAAGUGCCUGAUUACAACUCUGGCAAGCUGGAGGUUCAAUACUUCCAUGAUCAUGCAACUCUCACCGCUGUUGCAGCUCUUAAGCAAAACCCUCUAAUCGACGUAACAGCUACUCUCGGUACACCGACCAUUGCAUUCGGUGCAGAAGCCGGAUACGACACUGCUUCCAAAACUUUCACCAAGUACAAUGCUGGGAUCAGUGUGACAAAACCGGACGCUUGUGCCUCCAUUAUACUGGGAGACAAGGGAGACUCGAUAAAGGCAUCAUACCUGCAUCAUGUAGACGAGGCGAAGAGAAGUGCGGCAGUGGGGGAAGUGUAUAGGAAAUUCUCAACGAACGAGAACACGGUAACAGUGGGUGGAUUAUACGCAGUGGAUCAUUUGACGACCGUGAAAGCAAAGCUUAACAACCACGGUAAGCUCGGGGCACUUAUCCAGCACGAGGUUGUGCCCAAAUCGCUAGUGACCGUAUCUGGUGAGAUCGACACUAAGGCUCUGGACAAGUAUCCGAGGUUCGGUCUCUCCUUAGCUCUGAAACCUUGAGUGAGAGAGAGAACACGCGAUGGACUUUGGUCUGAACUCUGAAGCUUUUUCACUUCAUGAAUCUCAUCAUCAUCGUUUCUACGGCGGCUUCUUUUGGGGAUUUGCGUUUUCCAAAUAAUCAUCUCCGCAGGCAAACAAACUGACGGUUUAUUAUUUCUUUUUUAAGACCGUUUUUGUUUUUUUUUUUGGCUGUUAAUCCCAAGGAUUUUACCAAUUUUUCGCAAUAUCGGCACCCUCAUUCUCUAACCUGAACAUGUCAAAUUUCGGUACAUUCCGACCACGGCAGUUUAUUGGGGGUUUGAUUA